ACAGAGAGACAAUUGUCAACGAAGUCCGUCAGCGUUUUCAGAUCGCGAAUCUGAGGUCCGCUGUUAACGAAGUAUCGAGAAGCUGCCAGGUAUGUAAGAUUAAAAAAUGUAAACCACAUCCACCAAGAAUGGCGCCAUUGCCAGAGCAAAGAUUGACACCGUAUACCAGACCCUUUGCGUAUACCGGUGUGGAUUAUCUCGGGCCGUUGGAGGUAACCGUUGGCAGGCGGAAGGAAAAGCGAUAUGUAGCGGUCUUCACAUGCUUGGUAGUCCGUGCCGUUCACCUGGAGCUGGCGUACAGCUUAACGACGGAUUCCUGCAUAAUGGCGAUCAGGAGAUUUGUGCGAAGAAGAGGUCCCCCACGCCAAAUAUUUUCCGACAACGGGACGAACUUUGUCGGUGCCGAUCGCGAGCUUAAACGACAGAUCAAGAGAAUCAACAGCGACUGUUCCGACACAUUCACCAACGCCCGAACAAGCUGGUUAUUCAAUCCGCCCUCCGCUCCCCACAUGGGUGGAGUAUGGGAGCGGAUGGUGCGAAGCGUGAAAGAAUCGAUGAGAGCUCUCGACGACGGAAGGAAACUCAACGACGAGAUUCUGCUGACGGUGUUGGCGGAAACAGAAGCUUUUAUAAACUCUCGUCCACUGACGUACAUGCCUCAAAGUUCGGCCGACUACGAAGCGUUGACACCCAACCACUUUUUGGGUAACUCCACGGGAGAUCAGGACCCUAUGCGUGAUCCAAUCAGUCUCAGCCAAGCACUGCAAAGCAGUUACCUUCGUUCGCAGUAUUUAGCUGAUGCUACAUGGGACAGAUGGCUGAAGGAAUACUUUCCUAAUAUGAACAAGCGGUCCAAGUGGUUCGAAGAUGUGGUGUCGGUUAAACUUGGAGACCUGGUGUAUAUUGCGGAAGGCAGUCGGCGUACCUGGAUCCGAGGAAGGAUCGUGGAGCUAAUCCCGAACAAGGAUGGAAGGAUCAGACGUGUUGCAGUACAAACGACAUCUGGACGACUCGAGAGACCGGUGGCGAAGCUGGCCGUUAUGGAGAUAGGUAACGGUGAAUCCGAGCAAGGUGAUACGGAGGCCGUUCCGGAUUCACGGGGUGGAGAAUGUUCUGGCAUCCCUGACGUCGCUGCAUCUGAACAGACCUAACGGCCACGCUACGAACUGUCAAACCAGAAAACGGUUAGAAGUGAAAAUUUGCGACGAACCAAGAAAGACAAGUGACGCUCUGCGUAUAUUUUAUAAAUUAACGAUAGUUUUAGUUGUUAAAGUUGUUUGUGCCAUUCGUGAGUACCUUUUUAAAUUGUUGUGAACCUUUGACUAAAUCUAACUUUUUGUAAUAUUUAGCGCACAUCGGUAAAAACCCGAUCUAAGGCUGAUACCACGCACAGUCGAGCAUUCCUUUCAAAAGGGCCGAUAUAGGCCAGAAAUCUAUGCUCUCGAUUAUAACUUGGCAUCAAAACACGGAUACUCCUCUUGUACUAAAGGAGACAAAUCUUUGAGCUGCUCCUGCUCCUGCUCCAACUAGAGCUGCUGCGAGAACCUUUAGUGAAUUAUAUUCCAACAGU